UGCCCGUAGCACUCUACUAGCAGUGCCGCCGCACGCGGGUGGAGAAAGGGGGAGCUCGCCCGCCGCCGUCACCGCCGGCGAUCGCCAACGCCCCCUCUCUCCCUCUCCCUGAUGCUUGCGGAGGCAACGCCGAUUCAUCGCCUUCGCCGGAGGAGGCGAGAUGCUGGCGCCGGCGCUCGCGCUGCCGUUCCCUGAUGCGAACGCGCCUCUACUUCAAACCCCGACGAGCACCGCAAGUGUCUCUAGGAGGAGGCUUUAUCUUCAGGAACCUGAAGAUGUCGGCAUUCAGGAUCUCCAGCUCUUCUUCGCCUUCGACAUUGGUUUCGCCGGAUUGGGGGCGAUGGCCGGCACGGAUCUGAGAUGGCAAGCCAUGACCGGAGUGGAAGCUCAAGCGCUUUCCUUUAAGCUAGAAAUGGAAGACAAUAGAUUCAGAGAAUUGCCUCCUUGCUGCAAUGCUUUUACUCAAGUUGGCAUGUCUGAACUACGUAAUGUAAAACCAAUGAACUGAACAGCAUGGGAUGGGCCAUAACAUUGGUUUAGAGUGUUGAGUAAUUUUGCCAACCA